AUGACCGACUGGGCCGAUGACUCGAUUGAUCUUGGAUCACCUUCUGCAGUCGCCGACGACGCGUUGCCGCCACCAAAAGUGAUUGAAAAGGGCGACCAAAUCAUCAAGAUCUUCUACAAGUGGCGGGAGAACGAGUCGACUGACAAAAAAGAGCUUGUCAAAGUGACAAGAACUUUUGUUCAAGAAAAAGUGAAGACUUCCAAGCGAGUGGCGGCGAGAAAGAAGUGGGCCAAGUUUGGCCUUGCUGCUAAUGAUGGACCAGGACCACAGGAAGCGACGACAAUGUACGGAGAAGAAGUCAUGAUGCGAUUUAUUGCCGCGGACCAGACCGAAGAAGAAGCUGAAGAGGAGGACGAGCAGAUGAACAAGUUCAAGCGACAGUUUGAGUAUUUCAACUUCUUCCAGGGCUUCUCACAGCGCUCUAGCGAUCGACCAGCUGCCGCUCAAAUGGACAUCCCGAGCGUCAGUAUCAAAGAUGCCACCGGCGGAAAAUACGUUCCUCCGCGCAAAAUGGGCGGUGGUUUCUCCGACGAAGUCCCCGCUAUCCGAGUUUCGAACCUCUCCCCCGCCGCUACUCAGGACGACGUUCAGUCCCUCUUCUCCAAAUUUGGCAAAAUUGCUAGAAUUCAUUUGGGCCGUGAUCGACGAACGAACGAGUCCCGUGGCUUCGCAUUCAUCAACUUCCACCAUCGCGACGAUGCUCAACGCGCUAUUGACACGAUGAACCGCUACGGUUACGACAACCUCAUCCUCUCCGUCGAAUGGUCCGAGAACCGAAAGAAGGAGAGCGCCACCGAAGCCUCCAAGCCCGAGUUCCUUAGACGACAGCGAUAG